CAUUUCUACUUCUGCCAUCUUGUUUUCCGGACAGCAAAAAGGUGUGAGGCGGAAUCACACGAGUUGAGGGAGAGAGAUUUUUGGGUAGUGUGCUAUAAGUUUGAGGAAUAGACGGAUGUUACAAUAUGAAAGGCAGGGAAUCGGGCGCAGAUGACCAGCCACAACACCACGGAUCACAUCAGAAAACAACUAGCAAGAGCUAUCGAGCUAUUCCAGUAACAAUAGUAUAAUGUCAUUGCGGGUAUUCUGAGUUGGCUAGCUAUUAUUUGUAGGAUAUAUUAUUUUCGUCGCAUCUAGUCUCGUGAACUAAAACUGACAAUGGAAUUUACUUUGAUUUGAACGCAAGAACAUAGUCUCAUCUCCGUGUUAGCUACGAGACCACUGCAAGGUUUUUUCGUGGCUAGGCAAGGAUCACAACGAAGCCGCGGCCCUGGCCAUGCCAGCGAGUGCUCGGGGCAAUGUCAAGGACCCGGAGGUGGCAGACCUGUUUUAUCGAGAUGACCCAGAAAAGCUGUUUGCAGACCUCCGUGAGAUCGGCCAUGGCAGUUUUGGGGCUGUCUACUUUGCCAGAGAUGUGCGUAACAAUGAGGUGGUCGCCAUCAAAAAGAUGUCCUACAAUGGCAAGCAAUCCAAUGAGAAAUGGCAGGACAUCAUCAAAGAAGUGAAGUUUCUCCAGAAGCUUCGCCACCCCAACACCAUUGAGUACAGAGGAUGCUACCUUAGAGAGCACACAGCAUGGCUGGUGAUGGAGUACUGCCUAGGCUCAGCCUCCGAUCUCCUAGAAGUUCACAAGAAGCCACUCCAGGAAGUAGAAAUAGCUGCUAUAACCCAUGGUGCAUUGUUGGGUUUGGCAUAUCUUCAUUCCCACAAUAUGAUCCACAGGGAUGUAAAAGCAGGGAACAUCCUCUUGACAGAACCUGGUCAGGUGAAGCUGGGUGACUUUGGCUCUGCAUCCAUUGUUGCACCUGCCAACUCGUUUGUGGGGACCCCUUACUGGAUGGCCCCUGAAGUUAUCCUGGCCAUGGAUGAAGGCCAGUAUGACGGCAAGGUGGACGUCUGGUCUCUGGGCAUUACAUGCAUAGAGCUGGCUGAAAGAAAGCCUCCUCUUUUCAACAUGAAUGCUAUGAGUGCCUUAUAUCACAUCGCCCAGAACGAGAGUCCCAUCCUACAGUCCAAUCACUGGUCAGACUUCUUCCGCAACUUUGUGGACUCCUGUCUACAGAAGAUUCCCCAGGACAGACCUACUUCUGAUGUGUUGCUGAAUCAUCGGUUUCUAUGCCAUGAGCGGCCGCUCACAGUGGUGAUGGACCUGAUUGCGAGGACCAAGGACGCGGUGCGGGAACUUGACAACCUACAGUAUAGAAAGAUGAAGAAGAUCCUCUUCCAGGAGACUCAGCACAAUGGGCCCACACCUGAGGGAGAGGAGGAGGAGGAGGUGGAGCAGGACCUUUUGCGGACAGGCACAGUAAACAGCAUGGAAAGCUCCCAGUCUGUCCCGUCCAUGUCCAUCAGCGCUAGCUCCCAGAGCAGCUCUGUCAAUAGCCUGGCUGACGGCUCAGAUGACAGCAACGAGAUUGCCAUGAUGCAGGAGGGAGAGCACACGGUCACCUCCAACUCCUCUAUCUUGCAUCGCCCAUCUGACAACAUCUAUGAUGACCCCUACCAGCCUGAGUUAGAACAGCAGCAGGCUCCAUCUGCUGGCCGCCGCCGGGCCUGCUACCGAAAUCGAGACCACUUUGCUACUAUCCGCACCGCAUCUCUGGUGACACGCCAGAUCCAGGAGCAUGAGCAGGGGUCAGCGCUACGUGAGCAGAUGUCUGGCUAUAAGCGCAUGAGGAGGCAACACCAGAAGCAGCUGAUGGGCCUUGAGAACAAGCUGAAGGCAGAAAUGGACGAGCAUCAGCUGAGACUGGACAAGGAGCUAGAGAACCAGAGGAACAGCUUCACUGGUGAAGGGGACAAACUGGGCAAGAAACACCAAGCCAUCCUGGAGAAGGAGACAAAAGCAGCAUUAACAGAGGAGAAGAAAUUCCAGCAGCACAUCCUUGGUCAGCAGAAGAAAGAGCUCACCAGCCUGUUGGAGUCCCAGAAACGCCAAUAUCGGCAGCGUAAGGAGCAGCUCAAAGAGGAGCUGAAUGAGAACCAGUCCACCCCUAAAAGGGAGAAGCAGGAGUGGCUGGUCCGUCAGAAGGAAUGCCUACAGCAGGUUCAGGCGGAGGAGGAGGCGGGGCUACUGCGGAGGCAAAGACAAUACUACGAGCUGCAGUGUCGCCAGUACAAGAGAAAGAUGCUGUUGGCUCGACACAACCUGGAGCAGGAUCUUCUAAGAGAGGACCUGAACAAAAAGCAGACCCAGAAGGAUCUGGAAUGCGCCAUGCUCCUCCGGCACCACGAGUCCACCCAGGAGGUGGAGUUCAGACAACUGGGCUCGGUGCAGCGCACAAGGGCCGAUCUGAUUCGCAUGCAGCACCAGACGGAGCUCACCAACCAGAUGGAGUACAACAAGCGCAGGGAGCAGGAGUUGCGUCAGAAGCAUGCAGUGGAGGUCAGACAGCAACCCAAGAGUCUCAAGGCCAAAGAACUUCAAAUAAAGCGCCAAUUCCAGGAUACGUGUAAAAUACAAACCCGGCAGUACAAGGCCCUAAGAAACCACUUACUGGAAAGCACUCCUAAAUCUGACCACAAGGCUGUGCUGAAGAGGCUGAAAGAAGAGCAAACUCGUAAACUGGCUAUUCUUGCCGAGCAAUAUGACCACUCCAUCAACGACAUGCUGUCCACACAGGCUGUGAGUAAGCUUCGACUGGAUGAGACCCAGGAGGCAGAGUACCAAGUGUUGCGGAUGCAACUACAGCAGGAGCUGGAGCUGCUAAACGCCUACCAGAGCAAGAUCAAGAUCCACACAGACUCCCAGCAUGAGAGGGAGGCCAAGGACCUGGAGCAGAGGGUGUCCAUCCGCCGAGCUCUUCUAGAGCAGAGGAUAGAGGAAGAGAUGCUGUCGAUACAGAAUGAGCGCUCAGACCGCAUCCGUACUCUACUGGAGCGUCAGGCACACGAAAUCGAAGCUUUUGACUCUGAAAGCAUGCGUCUUGGCUUUAGCAAUAUGGCUCUGACUGGCAUCCCUGCUGAGGCUUUCAACCAGGGCUAUCCUAACCCUUCCUCAGGCCCUGGGGGUUGGCCAUCAAGGCCCGUUCCCAGAUCGGGCAGCCACUGGAGCCAUGGUGUGCAGAACUCUGUGGCGCCAUCCUGGCGUAGCCAGAACAGCUGCAGUGGGGGAAGCAGCAGUAGUGAAUUCAGCAGGGCAGAGUCAAUAACAUCCUCCCACAGACUGGGAAGAGAUAGCGAGAUGAAUAUAAGUGGCAGGGGCCACACAUCAGCCUCCUCUUCAUCGGUCUCCUCUUCACAUCCCUACCACCAGCAGCAGCAAAAGUAUCUACCCCAGAACUAUCACCACCAGAGCACACCCCACCUGUACCGUGAGAACCACGAGAGGGAGCGGGACAGGGGGAGAGAGUGGGGUGUAGGAGGGGGUGGGGGGCCCUAUGCCCACCAUUCCCAAGGCCACCACCUGUCCUCGCAUGCCUCUGCACAGUCUCUGGCCCUCCUGCCUCCGCCUCCUCCACCUCCUGCCUCCUCCACCUCCAUUGCCCUUUCCUCCUCAUCUCCGCUUUCCUCCUCCUCUUCCUCCCAGGGGGGCUACGGAAGUGUGGGCCUGGUGGUAAGGGGCCCCAGCCUGAUGGCCCUGAGAAACAGCCCCCAGCCGUUGAGGAGAACAGCCUCUGGGGGGCCAGGUGGCGCAGGAGGAAGCGAUGGAGGCCUCAGUCGGAGCACCUCAGUCACCUCACACAUCUCCAAUGGCUCCCAUCUCUCCUACUCUUAAAAGCUGUUCUCUUACCCCUCAAAUUGAUGGGGAAGGUGGAAAGCCAUCUGUCCGUACUACUUCUCGAGUAGGAGCUUUAAUGGAUCCACCCAUUGAAGAGAGGGGGUUGGUUUAUAGGCCUCUGACAAGAUAGAACCGUCUUUUCAAUACUUGAGCUAAGGGGCUAUCAAUUAGCACACUUGACCCACCCUGCCAGACCUGCCAAGUAGACAGUUCUUCCAGGUAAACCUUUGGCCGUCGUAAGGUUUACACACUGCCUUAAAAAAAAGGCUGUUGAGUACAUCAAACCAUGUUCUCCUUUUUUUUGGAAUGAGAUGACCUCUUCCACUCAUUGGGGCUAGGUAUCAGAUGAAGAACUACAAUCUCUAAAUAUAUGCCAGACAUGGCAAGAUUAGGACAAACUAGCUGCUUAGAAGAGAAUAGAGACCACUGAGUAUUUUGAUUUUUCUAGUUGACACUCAAAACCUACCCUUUGUACAAUUCAAUUCUGCUUGGCUUGGUAGGAGUUACAGCCUUUUACAAGUACAUAGGCCAAAUGGGGUGGAUGUGGAGGUGUUUUUUUACAUGUAUUUUAUUUUAUCUUCUUUUUUUUUUUUGUCCAUAUAAUGUAAAAAUGUGUUUACAUUUUUAACACCUAAAUGGCAAGGAGAAUUGCUCACUCAAAGUGAAUAAGACUUAUGUUUAGCGACAGAGCUGACUAGAGUGUGCUUUAAGAAGCAAUGUAAUUAUGUAAAUGGCUCUUACACUAUAAAAUAAUUGUUCAAAUGAAAUGGUCAAUAGAGGUGUAAGAGUUACAUUUUCUUUUAUAGAAUUCUGAAAUACAACAAAUGCAACACUGCCAUUAAGUGUCCUGACUGACUUAACUUCACCACUGCCCUUUAAAAGGGAUGCUGCCAUGGGAAUCGUUUUGAGUGAGGCAAGGAUUAACUCCACACAAACAAUCUGAAAGUGCACAAUGCUGAAUGCUUGCUUAGUUUUUUCACCUUUGACACAUUCCUGGCCAGCUGUUUCUGAGUAUAGACAUGAUGUACAUAUGCAUACAGCAGAUAUUACAAUUCAAUGCAUGGGAAUAAUGUACAUUCAGCGUUUGUAUAUACAUUAUAAAACCUUUGUUUAACCCAUUUGUAUAAAUUAUACAUAUAUAAAAUACUUGUUUGAUAUUUGACCUGUGGAAUAUGUUCACUGUCCAAUACUUGACCUACUUUGUACUUAAUAAAUGUGCAUAGAAGCACUAGCUCUUAAACUGUAAAGUAAUACAAAUAAAUUUGCCACCUGUUCUAUAAAUUGGAAAUGGAUGUGGAAAACUAUGCUAUUAUUACUACUACUACUGCAAUUGUAAUAUCCAUGUUGCGCAACAACUUUGUCUCUGUAAUUUAAGUUAUUGCCAGUUUUGACAAGGUGGAUUAAGAGCAAAGAUAUGUCAACAAUAAACAACUCCAAAUCAUGUUAUUAUAGAACCUCUUACAUUCAUCAAACUUUUUUAUUAUUAUGGUAUUUAAAUCCUGGAUAAUGUGCACACAAAAUGUACAACCAUUUUCCUCAAAGUCCAAUGGAUUUUUUAGAGGUACAAUAUUAUUUCUGAUUAGCUUACUCUCAGGUGACAGGUACAUUUAAGAUGGAGGAUUAAGCUCUGGUCGUAAAACGUCUUCAGUGAAAAAAUCUGGGUUAAAAGGAUGAGGUGUAUGCCAUGAUUGCUGUCAUUAAAAUUAUGAAAUAAUCAAGAAAGUACUGCCUUUCCCAGUAUUCCUUUUUGGGUCUCAGCCCUCCCUAAUUUAGAUGUUUAGAUGUAUUUGUAGACGACCAAACAAUAUCUCCAAACACACCGUCUGCAGUCCAGCUAAUGUGUGAAGUCAUUGUACCAUUAGAUUGUGUUUAGGAGUUGUCCUCUUUUCCUAGAAACCAGCAUUACAACAACUUCGUAGUUUACCACCAGGGGUUUGUUUCGACCUGCACUCACCAAAACAAGUGGAGAUAUAUGUAUAUAUAUAUAUAUAUAUAUGUCUGUAUCAGGCAUUUUCAGUCCAGUUAUUUUACUUGCGUUUAAAUAAGAAUGAGGGCAUCCAGACCAUUUUGAUGCUCCAACUAUAGUGAGAGUGGAAGAGAGAGUAUUAUGUUGCUGUCCAGGCCAGCCUAAGCUUUGUUUUUGGCUGCUGAGUAUUUAUUUGCCCGUUUUAUGCAUUGGUUAGUACAUGUAUUAUCUAAACGCAAAUUUACUACAGAAUAUUCGGUAUCAGUUUUCAGCUGUGAUCCCUGAAGACGGGAGAGUGAGAAAGAGAAUAUCUGCCUACAUGCCGCUUUAGGAUUUAAUCUCAGUGAUGUCAAUUCGAUUAAAUCCUGCUUUUUUCAUCCCCUUACAAUUGUGAACUCUUGAAAGGAAAAAGUGUUAGGGCAACAGUAAAGAUGAAUGGUCUAACAAAUGGGUGUAUAUAAGUAUGUUUGUUGAUGGAACAGCAGAGGGAUGGGUGUAUGGUCUGGUACAGAGUUGUUGUUCAGGUUCAAUGCAAACAGAGCAUUUGUUGUACAUUUUGAAAAUAAAAAUAAAUAAACAAAACUUCAUAUUCCCCUUAUUUGGUUGUCCUGUCA